AUGACACCACCCGUAAUAUUAUACUCAAGAGAAGAAGGUCAGUUGCUAUAUCCCCUAGAUGGAGGAAAAGAAGAAAUUGAGAUGAUAAAGGCUGAACUUGGGAGCUAUGCUUUUGCUGCCCAAUAUCAACAAAACCCUCUACCGCUUUCAAGUGGUAUAGUCAAACGAGAGUGGCUAAAGCGCUAUAAAAAUGUUCUUGAUAAUCUCUCGCAUGUAACAAAAGUUGGAACACUGAGGUUUCAAUAA